UUUCUGAUUAUUAAAAAGGAUGAUAGCUUAUAUCUGAUCAAUAAUGCUCAAAAGUACAAUAAGCAUAGCUUCAAGAAUAUCUUCAUGCUGCCUGCCUUAGAUGAAUUCUCGGAGGAGUUCAUCAUAUGCAAGAUUCUUUCACUGCUCAACUUCUUUUCCGGAUACAACCAAGUGCAACUGCAUUCUAAUAGCAGGGAUAUAAUGAUCUUCUUAAUGCUCUUAAGCUUGUUCAGAAUGUAUACUCUACUCUAG